GCGCAUCCUUGACUAGUUUGGAAUCGAACCCAGGGUUUGAGAGAUGGAAAAGGAAAAUAAACACGGAUCAUCACAUCAGUACGGCUCUCUGGAAUGCACUAAAUGGAAUACAGACAAUUCCAAAACAGAAGAGGACAUUGUCUCCAUGGCAGACUCCACCAUCACCAUAGAUGACAUCGAGGGAGAGCUGUUCAAGAUUGACAGGAUUCGAGAUGUGCUGGUCAGAAGAGAGUCAGAACUCAGAUACAUGAUGGAUGACAUUCAGCUGUGUAAGGAAAUCACUCGCCUCAAGAAGGAGCUCCAGAAACUGGUGUCCAUACCAGACAAUGACAAGUCCAACGAGGACAGGCAGAAAGAGGAGGAUCUUCUCCAGCAGAUCCACAAGCUGGUGGAGACCAGAGAUUUCCUUGUUGACGAUGUGGAGUUUGAGAGGCUAAGGGAAAGGGAGGAGGACAAAGAAAUGGCUGAUUUCCUCCAGUCCAAGUUCCCCAGAAACUCCAAGAAGAAAGGUCAGAUGCCAGCCAGACGGCUAACGCCCAGGGCCCAGCAGACCUCGUCCCCCUUCACCAAGACAGGCCUGUCCCUGCUGAAGGAGUGCUGUGGCUUCACCUGCUCCAUCAUGUAGGCCGGGCCCUCAGGGGCUCUACCAUGGAGCCAAAAUAGAACCCUGUUCCAUCACAGUUUCAGCUUUCCAACCCGAGUAACACUUGAAGUACGGACAGACAACCAGCCAGUGGAGUAGGUUGGGUAUGUCGCCAGGAUGAGAUUAGUGGUGUUUUAUCUCCCAGUCUAUGCUGCAUCCCGUCUGGGCUGUGUUUCUCUUUCACUCCUUUGUUUCUCUCUCUCUCCCUGUCCAACCCUCCCUGUCUCUCUCUCUGCCCAACCCUCCCUGUCUCUCUCUCUCGCUCUCUCCCU